ACGUAAACGGAGCCGCUGGAAUCAGGAGGAGUUUCCAUGUUUCUACAGGACAAUGAGUGACCGUGAUAUAUUCAGAACGUUCUCCACCUCAGACCUUCAGACGGAACCUUCUCCUUCAGAAAUCCCAUGAUGCUUCACCUUGUAGAGGACGAGCUUGAUGGCAGGGACACGGUCGGGACUCCCUCUAACCCUCAGAAGUUUUUGGAUCAGGACUAUGAGGAGCUGCGCAGAGAUUUUGUUAAAAAUAAAGCGAGAUUUGUUGAUGAGACGUUUCCUCCCAAUGAGAGCUCCAUCGGUCCCAACCUGCUGCAUGAUGAUGCCAUGGCGAGAGUGGAGUGGAUACGACCAACCAAAAUGGUUGAAGAUCCGUAUCUGAUUGUGGAACGAGAGUCCAGGUUUGACCUCGCUCAGGGAGACCUUGGAGACUGCUGGUUUCUGGCUGCGAUCGGAGCAAUCACGUUUCAGAAGGACAUCAUGGUUGAGAUAAUUCCUGAGAACCAGUCGUUCAGCCAGGAUUACGCUGGAAUAUUUCAUUUUCGGUUCUGGAGGUUUGGAAAGUGGGUGGAUGUUGUGAUAGAUGAUAAAUUACCCACGAUCGAUGGAAAGCUGAUUUUUGUUCACUGCAAAACUAGAAACGAGUUCUGGCCUGCACUGCUGGAGAAAGCUUACGCCAAAGUGUGUGGAUCAUAUGCAGAUCUACGUGGUGGUUUGGUGUCGGAGGCUCUGCGUGAUUUUACCGCUGGAGUUUUUAUUACACUCACACUGGAGGCCGAUCGUCCCGAACCCUGGGGUCUGAUGAGACAAGCAGCUCAGCACAGAUCUCUCAUGGGCUGUGGAACACUACACGGGGCCACUUCUGCUAACACGGAGCUUCCCAACGGCAUCGUGGAGGGACACGCCUACACCAUUACUGACGUCCUCAGUGUGCUGAGUAAUGGUGAAUCGGUGAAGCUGGUGCGCCUCCUGAACCCCUGGGGACAAAAGGAGUGGAACGGAAACUGGAGUGACGGCUCCCCGCUGUGGAAAACCGUGAGCACCGAGGAUCGAACCAAACUGCUGCACAGUAAAGAGGACGGAGAGUUCUGGAUGUCGAUGGAGGAUUUCUGCAGAAGCUUCUCUCACGUGGACAUCUGCUGCAGGACUCCAGCGUUCCUGGACAACUCCUCCGAGAACAGCUGGACCAGCGUGAUGUGUAAAGGGAGGUGGGAGAAGGAGACGGCCGGCGGCUCCAGAAAUUACAAACAGACCUUCUGGAUGAACCCUCAGUAUUGGAUGAAGGUUCCAGACCUGGAUGAGAAUCAGGCUGAAUCACAGAGUUUAAACCUCCUCGUGUCUCUGAUGCAGAAACCCAACAGCAGAAACAGACGUCUGGUUCAGAACCUUCCCAUCGGCUUCAGUGUGUUCAUGGUUCCACCGGAGCUGAAGGAUCAGAACACUCUUCCAGCUUCGUUCUUCACCAUCAGUUCCCCCGUGGUGGAGUCUUCACUCACGUCAGGGACUCGGGAGGUGGUGGAGUUCUUCAGACUGAGACCGGGGCAGUACCUCAUCGUACCAUUCACCGCCAAACCCAACCUCACCGCCUCCUUCAUCCUCACUGUACACAUGUGUAAAAUCCAGCGCUGAUCAUGAAGAUGCUGCAAAAGACGUUCAAGCAGAAGAUGAACAAGAAUCUUCAGCUCCAACAUCCACCAUCCAACAUCCACCAUCCAACAUCUAACAUCUGCCAUCUAACAUCUACUGUCCACGAGAGCCACAUAUACCAUUAAACAUCUAACAUCUACCAUCUACCACCUAUCAGAGCCAACGCUACCAUUCAACAUCUACGGUCCAACAUCUUCCAUUUAACAUGUACCAUCUCAAAUCUAGCAUCCACCAUGUACCAUCCAACACACACCAUCCAACAUCUAACAUCUACCAUUCAGCAUCUAACAUCGACUAUACACCAGCAAAUAUCUACCAUCUACCAGCCACCAUCUACCAUGUGCCAUCUAACAUCUGUUAUCCACUAUUCAACAUCUAACAUCUACCAUUCAGCAUCUAACAUCGACUAUACACCAGCAAAUAUCUACCAUCUACCAGCCACCAUCUACCAUGUGCCAUCUAACAUCUACACUCAAAAAAAAAAUUAUUUGGCUGAACUUAAUUGAAUUAUGGAAAGUAUUUCCACACAAUUGUAUUUAUUUCUUUGGACAUAAAGCAAUUUUGUUUAUCCACCACAAUUUAUUUA